AUUCAACAAGGCAGCUGGGGUUAGUCGCUCUCUAUUGUGCGGUAACGGCCGGUUAUUGUCUCCGGAGCUGUUUGUUAUGGAGGUAAAAAGACUUUUAAAGCACCGAAGUCACGUUAAACUCUACUAAAAAAUAUUUAAAUGUUUAAAUCAUUUUUUCGGUGGCGGAAAUUUACCUGUUUGAGACCUAUUUAUCACUUUUGUUAGCUGAGAGGGAACAGCGCGGCUCUGAGCCCAUAGCCACACACACACACACACACAGUCCUGGAGAGAACUGAAACCUGAAAGAAAACACAUUUUUUUUCCCUUCAACAUGGCUCCAAAGUGAACCAACUCUUCUGGAGCACACUUCACUUUCAGCCCUUCAGUGAUAUCAUGCCGCUUCGCACAAGAUGACUGACUUAAUUCAUGAGCAUGUAAAGGAAAACGGAAAGCAUGUGGACAAAACACUGGACUGGACGUACAUCGAAUGGCAUGAUGCGGACAUGGCCAGAACUGUGGAUGCUCACACCCAAACAACUCAUGAGCCAACUGUGGACAAAGAGACCCAAACGAGCAAUCCGUUCCUGAUGCGGAUCGAGCUGUCCAGGACACCGUCCAGACUGAGAUGUGGCUCUCUGGGCGAGGUGGAUGCCAUGCCUACGCCGCUCUUUCAGUUUGACAGGCAGGCGCCUGCUCGCAUCUCUACAUCUCCUACUCUGAGAAGGAUGAGGAGCACCAGGCUUCCUUCUUAUGAUGCAGGGAGGAUAGGCAGCACUCAGGAGGAGCCUGGUGUGAGUGAGCCUCCCUCACCAAGGAGCCCUGUGUCACCUGUACUCCGUCAGAAAUCUCCCCUCGCUACCGUUGUGAACCCGUCUAAUGAGGACAGUCACCGUAACGGUCACUCUGAUGAUUUGCUGACUCCUGGGAAUGUCAGGUCUUACAGAUCAAAAACAAUUAGCUGCAGUGCCCUGAACUUGAAGCCGAGUGUGAAUGAAAGCGCUGAUACUGAUGAUGAUGUUGAUGAAACUAGAGAGGUGAAAGAACCAAGUCAUAAAAGCAGGCUGCAGGAAAGAAGGCGAAGCUCUGUGGUGGUCACUCUUCCUGGAUUAGACGUUUCUCCUGGGGAUCUAUUUGUUUCCAAUGGUGCUGUCAAUAUUUUAAACCCCUCCAUGUUUUCAGAUACAAAGAAAUCAAAGUGGCCUUUUUCAAAACGUACUAUGAAUAAAGGCAGGACACGCACAGCUGCAGACACUGAAAAAUGUCUAACAGCCGUUCAGAUCCAGGAGUGGAGAAACACACAUUUUCAGCAGUACAAGGAUUUGACUUUGGAGGAGUUUCUGAGAAGUCAGCCUGAGCUGAGGGCAGAAGAAGAGCCAAAAGCACACAAAAGACAGGAGGCCCUAUGGGAGCUGUUCACCAGCGAGUGUGUGUACUUCCUAGACCAGUUAAUGGUGCUGAAAGAGGUAUUUCUGAGCACGCUGUCAGAUCUGCAGAUGAGGGAGUGUCUACAAGACAUUGACUCUUGGGCACUCUUUGCCAACCUGAAUGAGCUGUGCCUGGUUAGCUUUGGCUUCCUGACCAGUCUGCUGCGUGCGAUUAAAGAGCUGUGGGCCACUCCAGAGCCUCCAGAAACCAAUAGCACACAGGCCCUGCUGGACAUUCUCAACAAGGCUUUUGGUGAGAACAUUUGUCACUGUCUGCAGAAAUACUGUCUGAACUACAGCAAAGCCGUUCUCUAUUUAGACACCCUGAAGGCCAGGGAGGACUUCAGCUCCUAUGUGAAGUGGUGUGAGAAGAAUGAACAGUGCCGUAGGCUGCAGUUGAGGGAUCUGCUGGUGACUCCUCUGCAGAGGUUCACACGUUACCCUCUCAUCCUGAAGAACAUGGAGAAGAGGAGCUGCACAGAGGCAGAGGAGAGCGCCUUACAGGGCGUAGUGGAGCUGGUGGACAGAGCCAUAGAGGAUCUGGAGGGCAAGGUAAAGUGGUUGGAUAACUAUCAGAAAGUCAAGCAGCUGAAGGAAGCCUUGGUCUGGCCCCCAGUGUGGGAAAGAGACAAGAGAGCACAAGUUCCAGAGAAUCUGAAACACUUGCUGAAAGCUGUGACUUUGGAAAACCUGGUCUCUAACCGUAGUCUCCGAUACGAUGGGAAGCUCACACUCCCAGAGAAUUCAAAGCUGAAUGAUGUUUACCUGUUUCUGUUUGAUGAAUUCCUCCUGAUCACCAAGGUCAAACGAAAUAAAAAGAGGUCUGUAGCUGGGGAGAUGCACCCUGUGCGCUCAGCCGCUGGCCAGGAGCUGGAGCAAUUACUACAGGAGGGCUGUAGCUUCACCGUGCUGGAUCAACCCAUCUCACUGGACCGCCUGCUGCUCAGGAACAUAGACCAGCUUAACGCUACAGCCUCUGGCCUUCCCUGUUCUUUCAUUAUAAUGCACCAGAACCGCUAUCAGCAGUGCAUCGGCGUCUUCAUUCUGCAGGCCCCGACCGAGUCAGUUAAGAAAGCGUGGCUGUCUGAGAUCGAGGAGGCGGUCGGCGCCCUGCUGAAGCGGGACUCUCAGCAGCCUCGGCUAAAGAGCUCUUCUCUCUACGUUGAGUCUUCUCAGAUCUAACCCGCUCAGAUCACACUAAGAAUCUGACCAGCAGAGGAGGUGGCCCACGUCAAUACUGCAGCUUGAUAACAUCACAUGACUGGGACUAAUAAUAUGGGUUUCUGCUUGACUGGCCAUCGCAGCACCACUAUACAGCCUCACAUCUGACCUUCAGAUCCAUGUUAAUCCACUUGAAGAGGUUGAUCCAGGUCUGGCGGCAGUGUCGGGGCAAAGUGUCACAAAUGACAGUUUCAUUGCUGUAAGAUUGAUGUAAGAUCAGAUUGAACUGUUGUUGUAAACCAACACCCACUGAAGACUAAAUGUGCCACAGGGGUGGACUAUGACAGAUCUGAAAUUCAGCCAAAAUGGACAUUCUGGACAUUCCUGCUUUGAGGUGUAGAUUAGUAGAGUUUGAUUUUUAUUAUUAUUAUUUUUUUUUUUUUAAAUGAAAGUUUCCUUUGAAACUGUGUGACCAGCUGUUUUAUACUGGGACUGUAAAUGUAUAGCAAUUAUAGUAGUGUCCUGUAGAGUUCUACAAGAUCUCUACAAAAAAAUCAUCUAAUAUCAUAUGUCAGACAUUUUUUAUCAUAAAAAGGGACCAGUAUAAUGUGCUUCACUUCCUUUGAGAACACGUGCUGUCAGAGGGUUUCAUUUCUCAAUGUUAUCAAGUAAAGUUGUUUGUAAAUGUUUUGUAGGCCAAAUCUAAGUAAAAAUUCAACAGAUUUCCAAA